CUUUUCCCCUCGGUCAGCGCUAGCUUCCCUCUCCCUUUCCAUAUCCUUCCUUCCCUCUCCUUCCUCCUUUCCUACUCCUUUCUUCCUCCCUUCCUUCCUCCUUUCCCUCGCCUCCUCUCCUUCCGUCCUCCCUUCCCUCCCCCUUUCCUUCCUUCCCUUUUCCUUUCCCACUUCUUCCUUCUCCCGUCCCUCUCUCUCCCUCUUUCCCAGACGCUGGAAGUUUGAGCUCUCACUGAGCCUGAGCUCAUUUCCUGUUGGUGCUGCGGAGCGGAUCGCAGGCCGUUUCUCAGCAACGCUUAUUACCCCUCGCAAUUUCGCUGGGCGAGACCGCAGAAUUGCCGGGUGGUGGAGUUCAUGAUAGCAUCGCAGGGUUUGUACCCAGGAACUGGGAUGGGGUUCGGCGCCAUGUCUUUGGGCACUUGCGGGCCAGCUGCUUUCAAAUUCCAGUCAAGGCACGAAAGCGUGGACUGGAGACGGUUUAGUGCCAUCGACGUGGACAGGGUGGCCAGGGAACUGGAUGUUGCCACCCUGCAGGAGAACAUCAUGAGCGUGACCUUUUGCAACCUGGACUCGGAGAAGUGCCAGUGGUGCCAGAAUGCUGUGGAUCCAGUCCUGCUGAAGGUGUUCAAACUGGCCCAGCUGAACACGGAGUAUCUACUGCACUCUCAGGAGCUGUUCACGAGCAGCAUCCAGGCACUGGAGGAGCAGCUGCAGAGUGUGACGGAAGAACUAGAGAAGACCAAGCAGGAGAUGGCCAAACAGGUGGAGGAGCUGAAGGCUGCGAAGGAGGAAGGCAGACGCCGGAAGAAGAUGAUCACGACCCUCCAGCUCCUUGUGCAGGCAGGAGCAAAUAACUAUCACAAGUGCCAAUUUUGUGACAAGGCAUUCCUGAACUAUUCCUUCCUCCAGGGGCAUGUUGUGCGUCGGCACCCGGAAAUCACUGAGGCUGAGAGGAAGAAGAAGCACCGGACCGAGCAGAUUGAGGAUGAGAUCAGGGAGCUCCGGGAGCAGCUGCAGGUCAGCCAGUCCCAGCUACAGCUCGAGAGGGAGGCAGAUACGCUCCGCCGCGGCCAGGAACUGGAAAAUUCUCGCAGGAGGGAGGAAGACGUAAGAAAGGAGUUUGAGAGCUGGAAGGAGGAAGAAAGAAAAAAGUUUUUCCAGGAAAUGGAGCGCCUAAGACAGGAGCUCCUGGUGGAGUUUCAGGGUAUUGCUGUGAAGAACCAGUCUAUUGAAGCGAAACUGCAGGAGAUUCAAGUGGGAACUCCAGUGCUGUCGACUGGGACGACAUACCGCACUGAGGAUCACAAGGAGGAGCUGAGAAACUGGAAGGAGAGAUUUGAGAAGCUGAGAAAUGAAUCCAAAAAGAAGGUGAAAGAACUUGAAGUCCAGCAUCUGGCUGAAAAAGAGGAGAUGAAAUCACAAAACGAGAGGCUCAGGACCACUUUGUCUGCAGACCAGAAAACAACAGCUGAACACUUCCAAAAGCAAAUCAGUUCGCUCCGUGCCAAGGUCAAAGAGCAGAAUGCAGUCAUCUUCUCUCAGGAAGAUCAGCUCAGAAAGCUAUCCUCUAAACCAGUUCAAGAUGCUCCUGACUAUGAUGUCCUCCACGUGACCCACUUAAAUCCGCUCAGACGUGAUCCGGGACUGCUCCCCUCCUCGUCAGCUUCUGAGAGUCAAGGCUUGGAAUCUGAGGAAGAUGAUGAUUUGGAGAGUUCCCUAGACCGGAAGCAACAGCUGUUGGACACCCUGAGACAGAAUCCAAAAUUCAUCAAACAGUUCCGCCCCAUUUUGGAAGAGACGCUGGAGGAGAAAUUGGAGAGCAUGGGUUUGAAAAAGGGCUCGAAGGGAAUUCCUGCCCAGACACUGAAGAGCCUGAAUGUGACUGUGGGCAAACAGCGCGAGAGCAAGGCCAAGCGUUUUGGCGAGUUUGCUAGCCUUCGGAAGCGGUUUGCAAAGGUCGUGGUGGAGAAGGUCAGAGAGAAACAGCGCGGUGAGGGUUACAGCUCCCCUCCACCCCGAUCAGUUCGGAGACACGCAGCCCAGAAAACGGCCACCAAGAUCAAGGGCCAACAUGCCGUCACGUCGAAACCAUCCCGCGUGAUCGACCCCAAGCCUCGACAGACCGAGGUCCCCAAACCAGCUGUGCAGCAUCGAUCCACCACUCCUACCCGCUCUAUUGCACCCAUUGCCAGUACUCCCCCUUUCUCCUCGGAUGAUGACAGUGACGACUCAGUGGUGGACAGUGCCUAUGCCACCAGCGUGGGGGUGAAGGAUGGGGCCCAGGCCCGUGUUGUCCAGUCGAACCCGUUGCCGAGACAGCCGACCCUGAGUGACGAUGACGACGACUGGUCAGACACCGAUAUCUCGACGGAGCUGCUGAGCCCAGCCCGGGGUGCUCCUGUGGCCCAUACCCCACCAGGCACCAAGGUGCAAAGCCUGGCGAAGAGCCUGGAGAGGCAGCUCAGCUCGCCAGCCAAGAAGCCGACCGGUGGAGUUCGACUCGUACCCACAGCACAAACUGCACCUCGCGCCCCUCCUGAAAACCGCACCGUCGUCAAGAGGUUGCAGCUGUCCGAUGAUGAUGAUGAUGAGAGUGACCUGGACAUCUCGUCGAUCGAGGAGCUCUCCGAAGAGUUUGUCGCGAAAGCAGCGACCUCAAAGCCAGCGGUGGUGCCAAGGGAAAGUGCCGAUCCGUCUGUGUCUCAGGGAACCAGUGUCUGGAGCUCAUCUGCCAGCAGAGGGGCAGGGUUGAAGGAGGCGGGCACUGUGACAACGCUGACAAGCAGCAGCUUUGCCACGGUAACAGACAUCAGCGACUCCGAGUUCAACUUCCCAUGAGCACCGGGAGUUCUGGCUUCCUUCGGGAGAGCCAUUUCAGACUGAUUUGGUCUCAACGCUGGAGAAUUCCUCUAUACCAGGAGAACAACGCUGUGGCGGCUUUUGUGUGGAGAUGCUUCUUAUGAGCCUGUCUGAUAACCUGACUUGCCUAUUUUAUUGGCACUGAUUGAAGAGAAUCCCAGACGUUUCAUUACAGGCUCUCAAACCUCCGAGUGGCCCUCUCCCACACUCCUGCCAUUCUCACAGGACAGUGCCUUCCUAUUGCCAAUUGGACGACAAACGGGCUGCCAUAACUCAGUUAGAUUCUUCCUCACCAUCAGUCAAGUAAAUCUGGCCUUUUAAAACCAUUCUGUGACUAGUAAACACAAAUGUUGAAAGGAAAUGAUAAAAUUAAAAUGCUGUUUGCAUUUUUAGAAUCCCUACUGUGUGGAUGCAGGCCAUUCAGCCCACUCUGGCCCUCCGAACAGCAUCCUGUCCAGGAUCACUGCCUCCCUCUAACCCUGCAUUUCUCAUUGCUAACCCACCUAGGCUGCACAUCCUUGCACUCUAUGGGCAAUUUAGCAUGGCCAAUUCAACUAACCUUGCAUGUCUUUGGACUGUGGGAGGAAACCAGUGCACCCAGAGGAGGCCCACACAGACAUGGGGAGAAUGUGCAAACUCCGCACAGACAGACGCCUGAAGGUAGAAUCAAACCUUUGACUCUGGGGCUGUGAGGCAGCAGUGCUAACCACUGAACCACAGCCAUCAGAUGAGCCAAAGCAACUCAUAGCCAAAGAUGUGCUUUUAAAAUGUUACUAUUGUUGCCGUGCCUUGAUCAGCUGUAUCCUGAAUAUUAGAAUUUAAUCUCUGGGGAACAGACUUUAAUUCUGGAGACCUGGCAAUCUUACUGUCUGUACCCCUCGCCCUAUACUCUGUGUCUCCAAAGGGAAGGAUACUUCUUGCUGCCUUUCUGGUAACUCCUGUCUGAUGGGGCACCGACUCGGAGGAUAGAUUGGAACCUUACCUAUAAAGUAUUUGGUUGUUGCAAAAUGCUUGGUGCUGAAUUUAAAGUGAGGUUUUCCCCUGCCUCAGUAGGACAUUAGCCAGACCACCUCCCCCCAAGAGUGAUACAUGCCCAGGGGUCGAGCCAGUCUCUUGCCAGAGCUCUAGUAUGCACAGAGGUUGUAGGAAAAUGGACAACCCCAGCAACGCCAUCCAAGAUGGCGGUGGAGUAGGAGUCCUGAGUCAGAGUUCGUCAGCUCGGUCCAUUCUUUUUCUUUUUUUUAAUUGCCCUCUGUUUUUGCAUUGGUUUUUCCUUUUUCUUUUUCCCUCCAAUCCUCGGACAGCAACGAUGACGUCCAGGGUAAAAGCCAGUCCGGAUCCCCAGCCUCGGCAUGGGCUCGAACUCAAGGCCUCGGGGCAGAUUUGAACUAUCGGCCUCAGCACGGAUUGGAUUCCUGGCCUCGAGGUGAAGCCUGGCAAUGUCUGGGGUGGAAGGACUGUUGUUCUGAACUCUUAUUUCUCUAUUUUCCUAAUUUAUUGCUGGACUUUUUAUUUACUUAAUUUUCUAAUUCCUUUUUCCCUGAGAAUUUGUAGUUAGCAAUGUGUACCUGGGUACCUCGUACCUAUGAUGGCAUUGAGGGUAAACUGUUCACUGAAUUCAUGUGAGCACACGUGACAAAAAGACUAAUUCUAAUUCUUUGUGCUUGACCUCAAAUCCACACUCCUGAGCUCCUUUCAAAUCUGAAUAAUUUCGUCCUUCUCUCGCAGGACACCUUAGCUUGCCUCUCGAAACCACUAGUCUGUCUGUCAAGACAUUCUUUGGAAUUUCAUUGUUUCACUCUCUCAAGUCUGAUAAUAAUCCUUUUCACCAUUGGUGGCUGAUCCUUUACCUACCUGUGUCCGACUUCCGGAAUUCCCUGCCUAAAUCUCUCAUUCUCUACCUUCCUUUCCUCCUUAAUGACACCUCGAACAUUUUAAAAGAAAAAAUUCCAUCUGAACAUUCCUUUUUGCUCAUAAUUUCUAAGCUCCAUGAGCCAUGAGGAUUUGAAACCUUUGCUGUGGUGAACAGAUCACCUGCUUCGGUGAUCCUUGUUUGACCCGAAUUCGGUGCCGCUCGUACUUCCGCCCAUCCUCACACCGAUUUCAGGAAUGUGGGAACAGGAGAGGGCAUUCAACCCAUUGACCUGACUGCACCAUUCAGUUCGACCUCAGCAGAUCUAUUACACUGCCUGCCAGGAUAGAAGCUGGCACAGGCCCCCCACCUCCCUGACUCUCAUUCAAUUACAUCAGUCCAAGAUUCUCAUCCCAGGUUGCUAGGAGAUCAAAGGAGGUUUUCCAUUCAGACUUUGGAUUUUUUUUCAUUUCCCUCGUUGGACAUUCCCAAGCAGUAUUCUCUACUCCUGGUCCCAGUGUGUGGGGGAUGGAGGUGUUGAAAGUAGAAGCAAGUCGCUGAUCCAGCUUUCUGUUGCACUGUGACAUAGUAGGCUUGGCGAUUCUACUUAAGCGCAUUCCAGGCGGUUUAACCUCAUGACCUUCUCUUGCCAGGCUUCUGGGGCUGGCCACAUGAACUGUGAUCCUGGCGGGACCUGACCUCCGCCUCUCAAAUGGGAAAUGAACAAACUCUUGGUUCACAUCCAGGUAUAACGCAAAAGUUUUGUUCUCGUGUGACCUCGCACUGCAGAAAAUUGCCAUUGAAGGUCGCGCGACAGGGAAAACGCUGUAGACAAUCACUAUACUUGUACAGCAGAAAGUUCACUGUAUCCAAACAGUGUCCACUAUUCGUCAAUUGCGUGACAGCCAAUUCGCAUUAACAAAACACGUGUUAUUGCGCAACUACCUGUACUGGUCGGUAGGUGAUUGCCACACGCCAAGAGCCAAUUAUCCUCAACACCAGAGAUAGUAGGAACUGCAGAUGGUGGAUAAUCUGAGAUAACAAGGUGUAGAGCUGGAUGAACACUGCUCUUAUGAUGCUGCUUUGCUUGUUGUGUUCAUCCAGCUCUACACCUUGUUAUCCUCAGCACCAGUUCAGUUCUAUCUAAUUAACUCACUUUAAAUUGAAGGACUUAAAAAAAUAUAUAGUGGCUCACUGAUUCCUCUUUCAGCUUGCUUGUCCAGGAGGUUAGUUUUUCAUUCCUCUAGACCCAUACUGAUGGACAGAUUGCUGGAGGUUUCAUGGAGACAUUAGGACCUAUUUAGCUCAUCUAGUUGAAACCAGUUCUCCGUAGAGCAAUCAGCCAAUCCCAUCCUCUGCUCUGUUCCUGCCGCCAAACCAGUAUAUGUUUGAAUCGGACUUCCUUCCCCUCACUGUAAAACCGCAAGACAUUGGAGCAGAAGUAGGCCAGCAUUCUCAAAUUCCACUUUCCUACCUUUGUUCCAUUGGCCUUGAUUCCUUUACUGAUUAAAAAUCCUUCUACCUCACCCUUGAGUAGAGUUAAUGACCCAGCCGCGACAGCCAUCUGCCCUAAAGAAUUCCAAAGUCUCAUCACCUACUGAGAGAAGAAAUUCCUCCUCACCUCCAUCUCAAAGGGACAGCCCCUUACUGAGAACAUUUCCCUCUGGCCUGAGACUCUCCCACAAUUACGACCAAGUUCCCUCAGAAUCUUACAUGUCUUACUAAGGUCGUCUCUUACCUUCCUAAAACUCAACAGAUACAGCCUCAACCUACUCAACGUCUUCCCAAAAGGCAGUCCCUCUACAUCCGAGGUCAAUGUAACAUGUCUCAUAACAACCUCUGAGACUCUACCCUGUCAAGUCCCUAACGACUCAAACCUUCCAUUCCCGACCACAUCCUGCGCAAAUCUUUUCUGAAUCCUCUCCAGCUCAAUAAUAUCCUUCUUGUAACAGGGUGACCACAACUGGAUGCAGUCCUCCAGAAGAGGCCUCACCAAUGUCCUGUAUGACCUCAACAUGAUGUCCUAACUCAUAUACUCAAAGGUCUGAGCAACGAAGUGCUAAAUGCUUUCUUAACCACCCGAUCUACCUGUGACACAAACUUUAAAGAAUUAUCUCUGACAAUCAUAUGGUUUCAGUGCCCUGCCUCGUCAGACAGCUUUGUUGUUUUGUGUGUGUUGGCAUGCACAUGUGUGGGCACACCACUGAUGGAAGAUGAAACCCCUCCAAAAACCUAUUUGUCACUCCUGUUAUUCUAGAAAUGAGCUUUUAGCUUGCAAGUUAUAUUUUAGCAACUGAAUUAUUUUUGUUAUUUCAUUUCAUGUUAAUUUUAUAUGUAAUAUGUUGCCCAGGACAUCUUUACAUCUGAUACAGUGCA